UGCAGCCACGACGUUAUCGCGAGUUUGAUCUUUGAUAACGGGUCACCUGUCCCUGAAGUUCGACUCUUUUCUGACACUCAAAGCACGACCGGGGCCUAUACGAAACGAAGCGGUAUUGUGGGCGAUUUUGUUUAAAUACACGAGCGUCGGAAGAUUUGUCACUAAACCACUAUGAUAAUGGCCCUGAAACAUGCAGUCAUUUUUCUUUGCUGUCUUACCUGUCCCAGCUGGGUAUUCAGUGGAAAAGUAAUAUUCAAAGAAAACGGGAGCAAGGAUUUAAGUUAUGCACAAGAAUCAUCUACUUGGCCUACUCCCCCAUCAUGGAGAAAUAGGACUUUAACAGCCCGCUAUAUAGCACAUUACGCUGACUGGGGCGUGUUGUCAGGCAUCUCGGAGAGAGACCACGUCACUCCCUUCGGCGUGCUACAAUCGUUUGCUGAUGGCCCUCUUAACAAGAGUACAGGAAGGCCAUUCUUUUAUAUCUCUGAUAUGUCUACUGUCUAUAGAAUGGUGAAGAAUAACAAUGCAUUCUCCCUGACAUUAUCUGAGGCAGAAAGUAAUCUGUGUACUAAACAAGGAAUGGAUCCAGAGCUACCAACAUGUGCCCAAAUUACUCUGUCAGGAAAAAUGGAGCCAGUAGACCCUAAGGAUGUUAUGUUUGCUCAAACCUCACUGUUUGCCAGGCACCCGCAGAUGAAGGACUGGCCUGUUGGGCACAACUGGAAAAUCUAUGAGCUGAUGGUAAAUUCAGUUUGGAUAAUAGAUUACUUUGGAGGAGCUGUCAUCCUCCCUGCAGAAGAUUAUUACAAAAUUAAGUUUCCUUAAUUUAUCUGAGCAGUUUAACUUUGUCAAGGUAUUUCAAAGGUGGUGCUUACUAUAAAGAUGACAUGUACUUUUGCGGAUACAAAGUUUCAUUCAUUUUGUAAUGUUUAUUUUCAAUUGUUUUAGAGAAUUUGAUAUAAUCUUUGCUUAAAAUUGCUGGAGUAGCAUUGAUCACAAAGAUCAUCUAAUGAUGUUGUUACUUAUACUCUGUUUCUUCCCUUAUAUAUUUAUGGAGGAUUUAUAGAUAUUUUUCAUAAUGUUAAGUUACAAUUGUUACCAAAAAUCAAAAUAUUAAUUGCAACUAAAAGCAAAAUAAAGUGAUUUUCUGUUACUGUUAAGCAGCAAUUAUCUUAACAGCAUUUUUUCACAAAGAAUUGUUUGCAGGUAAUAAUAAAAAGAUUUCAAUCAGUGAAGUAAAGUAUUUAAAAGGUACAUAAGGAGCUGAUGUGUACUGCUAUAAUGGUUUCCUUUGCUGGCCAUACUAAUACUGGCCUGAUUAUAAUAGUUUAUAGAAUAUACUAUUAUAAGAAUAUAAAUACUCACCCUCUCACCUCAAUGUUUUUAAAAAUAAAUUUUCUUUGUAUUUUGUACAGAUAAUUGCACUUGGUUUUAUAACAUUGGUCUUAUAACUGAUGUGCAUGCUGUCCCAUUUUGUUCAUAUUGAAUCAUUAUGUAUACCCAGCAUGUAACAUGUACCCAACAAUGCAAAAUGCAUACAUAAAUUCUAUUUUAACCUAAUAUCAAAAUUGUGAUAUAUUCAUUUAUUGAUUUAUAAUAUUAAAUCAUCUGACAUACGUCCUGUAAAUUUUC